UGAAAGAAGUUACAAACUAAACCACAAAAGUCCAACGGAUUGAUCAGCAGAAGGAAGGGAACAGAAUGCUGACCAGCUCGGCUUAGAAUCGUUCAGCCUCGCCGGGAUGUGUUGUUUAGUGUCCGCAGCAUUCAAGGUCACCAUUGACACACAACGCUAGAUGUGUUGAAGGAAUUGGUAUUGUUGUCGCCUUUGUCAUUUAGUCGAACUUGCAAAUCAGGUACACCCGGCAGAAGAGGGUCGCAAACGAUUGUUUAUGGAUGCACGAUCAAAACAACGAACACAAAUUAAACCGCAACGAGACAACAAAUCCCAAUGGACGUCAUAGGUUUGGUGGCUAGCUUGGAAAAACGAAAACGAAAGUACAAAGCAAGUGCAGUGCAAAUGAAACUCUAGUGGUCAACGAAAAAAAUCAAAAAAUUCUACUACAGUUUAGAGUUUGAAAGUUCGAAAAAAGAAGAUUAUACAGAUAGUAGAGAUGUAUUCGUUAUUUUUAGUGUUAGUGUUUACAUUUGUAUCCGUCCCAAAACAAAGUCUUUCGCUGGAGACAUUGUUUCAAUUGGAAGGGGAUGACGAAACAGGAGGAGGGAGUGAUUUCUCUAGUCCACUAUACGAAGAAAGUUACGAUACAUCACUAGAUGAUGAUCAAAAUCGCUAUCAGCAACAGCAAUCAGACCAACAACCUUCGGCAGUGUUAGAUGAGGUGUACUAUCGGGUGACGCCGGCUGCUCAGGAGAGUGAAAGUGAAAGAACGUUUAUCACGAGUAGUACAACAACGGGAAACAGUAUUCUUACAGGAGCUGCCGAAGAAGAAGAAGACGAAGAUCUGCCAUCAACUGACCGCACCAACAGCAAUGACGGUACAUCAUCUGAAGAUACCAAAGCUAGUGUACCGCAAGCAUUCGUUGGGGGAACCCCCAAUCGGGAUACAUACAGUAGUCGCAGCUUAGAUCACAAUACUGCGGAUUCACUGCAGUCCUCGACAGUGCUCGAAACUAGCAUCGCAAAUAAUUUCCUCUACACUAGCGUACGAUACAACGAUACUUAUCAUUCCAGUAAUUCUGAUGAAAGUUUAGAGAAAACUUCUGACGACACACUGGAUAGUGCGGAGGAUGACCAGCAAUUCAUGCUUACUACCACGAACAUUCCGCCGCUUUCUAUCCCGGACGUGCCGGUAAAGCCCACAAAGCCGCACAUCGAUGAGAGCAAAAUUUCCAAGACUGAAUUACUUGCCCGAAUGAUUACCGAUAAGAACCUCCGGUUACCGAUUGCCAUCCUAGUGGACACUUCCAACGAUUCGCUCAUUUAUUCGAAGAAGGUUUUUGAUGCUACACUUGUACCCAAAUCACCGAUGGACGUAAUUUUAAUACGCUACAACAGUACAGGAAUCACGAAAUCUAUCAGUUUCCGUAACACGAAAUCGCUGAUGGAAGCCAUCAACUCGUUACAACCAUCAUACGAUAGCAAUACUCCAGCUUACUACAGUAUACUGCGAACCUGUCAAGAAAUUCCCUACGACAGUGCCAUCUUUCUAGCAACCUCCAAUGCGGUCGUCGUUGAAAAGAAUAUCGCCCACGAUGCAGCGCUGGCAUUGCUGAGGAAACGCAUUCGACUUUACAUCAUUUGGUUCGGAGACGAAGUGGAUGCUAAUCUGUCAGAUCAACAUCUGGAUAGUCAAACUGGACUUCACGAAUUGGCAUAUAAAACCGGCGGUCGAGUUAUACGAUUCGAAAUCGACCAUCAUUUUGGAAAUAAUCCAGUACUGACCACGCUAGUAUCGGAAAGCGAGCUGCACGGUGAUCAUACCAUCCCGAUUCCCGUCACUGCCGACAUCAAUAGUUUAUAUUUCAAGCUGCACGGAAGCCUCGGAUCGGCCACACUCCAAACACCUAACGGUGAUUAGUAGAUUUAAAAUUACUUUGAUUCUAUAACCUACUAUUACGGUUAAAACUAAGAGGUUCACAACGCUUACGUUGCAGACCUGUUUACUUGUUUCACAAAUGCUUUGUCCAACUAUGUUCUUUCUUGAUAGUUGUUUCGAAUACUUCAAUAGCGUACAAAUAAUGUAACCGUUGUUAUUUAUGUACAAAGUACACUGUUGCUUUAAGUAAAAUUGCCAGUAAGAUUAGAUUUAGUUAUCCACUCCAGGAUUUCCACUACCCGAUACAUGUAGGCAAACAUUUCCGAUAUUUCACGGGCAAUGUCCGAUUUAAAGGCAGACAAAAUUCCUUCUUUAAUCACUUGAUCAUGCAAUAUUUAAAUGAUAAAUUGCAUUGAAAUUAUGUUUAAGAUUUUUUGCUCAAAACGUACGAAAUAUGUAAAAGCAUUGGAUUAUUUCAGAAUCCAAAAACGUCUUAUAUAAAAGAAAACUUUUAUCUAUGACUGACGAUUCAAGCAAUGCAAAGCUUCCGAUUUGAAUGAUUAAUGUAAUAAUAUUCAUUGAGGCAGUAAGUGUGCUUUACCCACAAACGAAUACAAAUUGCUGCCAAUCUAAAAUAUUUCAUUACGAAUAAACAACAACGUAAUUAAACGGCAUCGGUAAUGACAACCCUGAGAACAAUGAUAUAAUAAUUAACCACUCUAAGUAAGUAUUCCCAUUAAGGAUGAAGUACAAAUGAUCGUUCUAUGACCCCUUCUCUGCUAGGUUAAAUCUGCUCAAUCAUCGUUUCCUUCAGUUGAUCGCACCCAAUUAUGUCAAUAACAAUUACACCUACCCUGCAGAGCAUUGUUUUGUUCUUACUAAUCAUAUAUCAUUACUAUUCACUGUUUGACUAACCGAAGCAGUAUGUGUUAAAUGUUAGCUCUAAGAAUCAACCCAAUAUUUUUUUUAAUUCUGAAGAUUUAAAAUCAGUUUAUAGUGAUAAAAUGA